AUGUCACCGUCCCGUGUCAAAACAAGACCACUAGAAUUUUGCCCAAAUUGUGCUAGCUACCUGACCAUCUCGCCCCGUCUCGCCGAUUCAGCCCCGGGGUUUCAAAACUACUUUACUUGCCGAGCAUGCCCAUACAUCUUUCCGGUGUCAGAAAGUGAAUCUUCUGGUGACAAGUUCUCUGGCGAUAACGAGACCACCGACAAUGAGGCUGUCGGUAACAAGGCUGUCGCCAACGAUCCUGUCGCCAAAGCCACCAACGAGCCUGCCAAAUAA